AUGGGCAAGAACAAGCGCAGCGACAAGCUCAAGGGCGCCGGCGACAAGCGCCACAAGGGCGCGAACCUCGAGGUGACGCUCCGCGAGGACCUCGCCAAGGCCAGCGGCGUCGUCCAGCCGAGCGCGCCGCGCGCGGCGAAGCAGCGGGCCCGCGCGGGCAGCGACGAGGACCUCGACGAGAAGCAGACGGCGAGCAUCCAGGAGAUGGCCAAGGCCCAGCGCGGCGAGGAGGCGCGGCGCGAGGCCGACGAUCUGGCCGCGCGCGCGUCGCGCGUCGCGUUCGACGUCGAGGAGGUGAGCGACGACGACGACGACGACGACUACCUCGACGGCGACGAGGGCGACGACGUCGACGAGUCGGCCUUCGACAUCGGGUCCGAGGCGCUGAGCGCGUCGCAGGCCGCGCUCGUCGACUCGUUCAUGGCGCCCAAGCCCGGCGCGCGCCGGACGCUCGCCGACGUGAUCAUGGAGAAGAUCGCGGAGAAGGAGGCCGGCGCCGGCGCCAUGGACGACGACGUCGAGGACAACACCUUGCCGGAGCGGGUCGUCGAGGCCUACAGCGGCAUGAUCCCGCUGCUCGAGCGCUACCGGUGCGGGAAAUUGCCGAAGGCCUUCAAGGUCAUCCCCGCGCUCGAGCGCUGGGAGGACGUGCUCUGGCUCGUGCGCCCGGACCUGUGGAGCGCCCACUGCGUCGAGGCGGCGACGAAGGUCUUCGCGUCGAACCUGGACCCCAAGCGCGCGCGCGUCUUCUACAACGAGGUGUUGCUCGAGCGGUGCCGCGACGACAUCACCGUGAACAAGAAGCUCAACUACCACCUCUACCAGGCGCUCCACAAGGCCCUCUUCAAGCCCGCGCCCUGGUUCAAGGGCAUCCUGCUGCCCCUCGUGCAGGACCGCGACUGCACGCUGCGCGAGGCGCUCAUCUUCGGGUCCGUGCUCGCGAAGGCGUCCGUGCCCGCGGCGCACGCGGCCGUCGUGCUCCUGAAGCUCGCGGACAUGGCCUACUCCGGGGCCCAGUCCGUCUUCCUCAUCGUGCUCCUCAACAAGAAGUACGCGCUCCCGCGCCGCGUCGUCGACGCCGUCGCGAAGAGCUUCCUCAAGUUCGAGAGCGACGAGGCCGAGCUGCCCGUGCUCUGGCACCAGUCGCUCCUCACCUUCGUCCAGCGCUACCGCGCCGACCUCGACGACGCCACGUCCGCGAGCCUCCUCAAGCUCCUCAAGGCCCACAAGCACCACACCAUCACCCACGAGAUCCGCCGCGAGCUCGUCGCCGGCCACAAGAGCCGCCACUAG